AGCAACCUCUGUUGUUCUUGCUGCCCUGUCAGUAUAAACUCUGUCUGCUCUUGGGGUGCUGCACGGUGCAAACUGCAGUUUCCCAUGGCAGAUACUGGUGUCGGGGUGGAUCUGGAAGGUGGAGGGUGUUUUAAUGCUUCAGCUGAGUAUUGUUAGCGUGUGCCUUCUUGAUGGAGCAUUUGAAACCAAUUUUCAUGGUGUUCUGCUUGGCCUGGCCAGGAGCCUGGAGAGCAGCUCACUGAAGUGAGGGUUUGGAGCUCUGGUGUCCAGUGACCCCAGUUUUCUCUUCUCUGUUGCACCAGUAACGCUUCUGUGCAAGGUGCUGCUGCAGGGGGAUACUGGGCUGCCAGACACAGUUCAUGUCUCCUUUCUAGAGGCUCAGAGCACCCUCAUUCUGGUAGUUCAGUUUCCAGGGAAUGCAAGUACCUGUCUCUCCCACCUUUUCACCUCCCGUACAGGCACUCGGAGGUAGCUGAGCACAUUCAUCAGCCCUGGCUGUUUAACUGUCUGUCCCCUGGGAAUGCAGCUGCAGAUGCAGGAAGAUCUCCUACUACAAAAGCCUCAUCUGAAAUUCUUUUUGCUUGUCUUGAGCCAAAGCAUAAACUUCCUCUGUGAAGGAUGGGAUGUUUAAUGGAAACGCUGCUACACUGUCAUGGUGUUUUAAUAACAUUUCUAAUGUGUCAAAUCCCCAGUGAUUUUAAACCACACUGCAGACUCUGCGCGGCUCCACUGUGACCUGCUUUGGAGACAGAGAUUAUUUACUCUGGUUUUACACUUUAGGGGCACACGAUGCAGAGCAGAAGUGACUUUUUCAAGGUCACCAAGGUCUCAGUAAUGCAAGGAGCUUCCUGUAUGAGUUUUCUUGCAAGUGUGGGUGGCUGCCCCUAGGUAAGAGAGCCACACAUUUAAAUAUUGUGCUUUUUAGUCUGAGCAUCAACUGUUACUUCCCUGAGGAUGCAGGACCAAAUAUCCUGCUGUAGUCUGGUAGUGGAAUGAGGCUGUUGGAUUUAUGGAAUUGCUGCUCACUUCACAUAAUGCUUUCUGAUGUAUUUGGUGCUGAGCUAUGUUAUGCUGCCUUAGUCCAUAUGGUUGGAGCAGAUUUGAUUUUGGUUUUCCUUAAUUUAAUUCUGUGUGCUGUCAAAUGUACUUUAUUCUGUAUAUUGUGUCUGCACUUUUAUAGUAAACUCCCUCCUGUUUAGUGCUUUUGUUGAAAAUGUUUUCUCAAAGUCUGAACUAAAUUAGGGUUUCACUCCUAUGCGCGUUCCUGAAAUAUUCGUAGGAUGUUAAUGACUUGGAAGACAUCGUGUAUCAGCUUCAACUCAAUUUUCAGGAUUUUUUCCCAGCUUUCUGAAUUUUAUAAUAAAGAUGCCUUUGUAAUUCAUCUGUCUGUGCCCUGACUUCAGCCAUGCACUGCUGAAAAAAAGGGCAGGUAAAGAGCUCAUAAAUACCUUCAUCCAACAACCUUUACUUGUCUUGAAAACAAGAAGGCAGGUGACUGCUCCAUACACUGCUAGGGCAGAGUAUGGAGAGGUGCUGGUGUUUUCAUCAGCCCAGCAGAGAUUAACCCCUCUUGUGGCUGUGGCACAUUGGUUCCCAGCCUGGUCUGGAUUUUUCAAGAACCUGAGAAGCACCCGGCACAGCAGGGCUUCCCCCAGGAGCGAGUGUUUGCAGACUGGCCCUCUGGGCAGCAGCCUGUCAGCACUCGCUGAGCACCACGACUUGCUCAGCCACCUAUCUCUGGCCAUCUGCUUGCCACAGCCUGGGCGAGCUGAUAAGCAACAGCUUGCAGUAGUCUUGGGAGGGAGGCCGGCCUGGAGUGUUGCUGGAGUCUGGAGACAUUGCACUGGGCAUAUGCUGAAGUCAGCAACACAUUGCAGUGCCCUUCUCUCUGCCUGGAAUUGCCAAGUUACAGCUACCACAGAAGAUAACAACCGAGAAUGUGAAAUGUGGGAGUGACAGGGAAGAAGAGCAGGUGAAUUAGAGAAAGUGACUCCCAGAGCACCUUGGCUGUAUGAACUCUUGAGCUGUCAGGAGAGGCUUAUGAAGAGGUUCUGUCAGGCAAAACAGUGCUUAGCAAAGACACCAAGGAGGAGGGAAAAGGAGAAAGGGAGGGAGAGAGAGCUGAAACACUAACAAACCAUGAGAUCGAUCCGAUCUUUUGCUAACGAUGACCGCCACGUAAUGGUGAAACAUUCAACCAUUUAUCCAUCUCCAGAGGAGCUUGAAGCUGUCCAGAACAUGGUCUCAACAGUAGAAUGUGCCCUUAAGCAUGUCUCUGACUGGAUGGAUGAAAAGAACAAGUCUGCAAAGUGUGAGGGUGAUGUGGAAGCCAAGGAGGAAGCUGCAGAAGGCAGUGCCAAGGAUCAAGGUGGUCGGACGUUAUGUGGCGUUAUGAGAAUUGGCUUGGUUGCAAAGGGCUUGCUGAUCAAAGAUGACAUGGAUCUGGAGCUGGUUCUCAUGUGCAAAGAAAAACCCACAAAGACCUUGUUAUGUAUCGUUAAAGACAAUCUCCCAGCUCAAAUUCAGAAACUUACAGAAGAGAAGUAUCUGGUGGAGGAGCAUGUAAAUGAGGCAGCUAUUGUUAUCCAUAACACAAAGGAGCCCAAGCUCACUUUGAAGGUGAUACUCACAUCCCCUCUCAUCCGAGAUGAAGCAGAGAAGAAGGAAGGAGUAGAUAAUGUUGCGAUGAAAGAUCCUCCGGACUUAUUGGACAGGCAGAAAUGCCUGGAGGCCUUGGCGUCUCUGCGGCACGCCAAAUGGUUUCAGGCCAGGGCAAAUGGACUAAAAUCAUGUGUAAUUGUCCUUCGUAUUCUGCGGGAUUUGUGCAACAGAGUCCCCACAUGGGCACCGCUGAAAGGCUGGCCACUCGAGCUUAUAUGUGAAAAAUCUAUAGGUACUUGUAAUAGACCUUUGGGCGCUGGGGAGGCGUUGCGACGAGUGAUGGAGUGUUUGGCAUCUGGAAUUCUGCUUCCUGGGGGCCCGGGGCUGCACGACCCCUGCGAGCGCGAGCCCACCGACGCUUUGUCUUACAUGACAGUUCAGCAAAAAGAAGCCAUUACACACAGUGCUCAGCACGCGCUCAGAUUAUCAGCCUUUGGGCAGAUCUAUAAAGUGUUGGAAAUGGAUCCCCUCCCAUCAAAUAAGUCAUUUCAGAAAUAUUCCUGGUCAGUAACUGACAAAGAAGGUACAGGCUCAUCUGCUCUGAAAAGACCGUUUGAAGACAGUGUUGGGGAUGAUAAAGACCCAAAUAAAAAGAUGAAGCGUAAUCUGAGGAAAAUACUAGAUAGUAAAGCAAUAGAUCUCAUGAAUGCUCUGAUGAGGCUGAACCAAAUCAGGCCAGGGCUUCAGUAUAAGCUGCUGUCACAGUCUGGUCCAGUCCAUGCCCCAGUCUUCACAAUGUCUGUAGAUGUUGAUGGUACGACUUACGAAGCAUCAGGACCUUCUAAGAAAACAGCCAAGCUCCAUGUGGCAGUGAAGGUUUUACAAGCGAUGGGGUAUCCAACAGGUUUUGAUGCAGAUGUGGAGUGUGUAAGUUCUGAUGAAAAAUCAGAUACUGAAGGUAAAAAUGAAACUACGUCUUCAAUCUCAAGCAAUAAUAAUACUGGCAAUUCCACAGCUGACACCUCCGCUACCCUAGAGGUAAGAACUCAGGGUCCCAUACUCACAGCAAGUGGCAAAAACCCGGUGAUGGAGCUCAAUGAAAAGAGAAGAGGGCUGAAGUACGAGCUCAUCUCUGAAACAGGGGGAAGCCAUGACAAGCGCUUUGUGAUGGAGGUAGAAGUAGAUGGGCAGAAGUUCAGAGGUGCAGGCCCAAACAAGAAAGUAGCAAAAGCAAGUGCUGCAUUAGCAGCACUUGAAAAACUGUUUUCUGGGCCUAAUGCAGCAAAUAACAAGAAAAAGAAGAUUCUUCCUCAGACUAAAGGGGUUGUCAAUACAGCUGUUUCUGCAGCAGUCCAGGCUGUUCGAGGCAGAGGACGAGGUGCUUUAACACGAGGGGCGUUUGUUGGGGCAGCUGCUGCUACUGGAUACAUAACACCAGGCUAUGGAGCACCAUACGGAUACAGCACAGCGGCACCAGCCUACGACUGUUCUCCUUCAAAGAUUUUUCUCCUGUGUAGCAUAAACAGCUGUGUUGAUACUGCUGUGUCAGGCACUGCAUUCCUUGCAUCCCUGUGGACACGUUGGGGUAGGUACCAAAGCCAGCCAUGGCCUGCUCUGAAUGCACACCCUGGUUCUGGCUAAGUGCAAUGGGUGACACUAAUAAUGAGAGAAACUAUUUCCCUAAACUAUUAAAGCUAAACUCCAAAUGAAGAACGAACAACUUUGAUGCUAUUGCAGUUAAAAUCUGCAGAGAUCAAAUUACAUUAGGUCAAAUUAAUUCAGGAAGCAGCAAGGUUUGCUUCCCUCCUGUGGGUGCAGUGCAGGACGGGAGGGCAGGCAGGGAUUUAUCUCUGCAUGAAUCCUUUGCUUAGCUGUGGUUUUCUACAGCUGGAAAUUAGGAUACAGCCAUCCAUAAAUAAUUCUUUUCAGUUCUGUAGUAAAUGUUUUAACAAUCUUUUACUUAGAUUAAAAUGGGUUUGGAUUAUGACCUACUAGUGCACAUGAUAUGUGUAGUUUUAAAAUACUAUUUUUUUAUUUGUCUUUUAAACCUUGCGUUAUGCAAAGUUGCAUAGUACAGUACUCCAGAAGUGCAGUACUUGCAGUACUUGAAGUUGCUGGAAACAACUCUUUUUAUAUAAAAAUGGUUAAAAAAUAAAAAAGCAAAAGGGAGUAAGCUGAUGAUGAUGUAUUAGCAUUUUAGGGUGUCAAUUCAGAGAUGAAAACAUGAACAACCCCUGACUGGUAACAGUUGACACUGGUGUCAAAUAGAAAACCACUUGGUACAGAAUAUGUAGUGGUGUAUCAAGCCCAAAGGUCUGCAUCAAAACACUAACAGCAAAUAGAAACUAUAUCUGAUUUUAAUAUUGAAUCAUCAAAUUCACUGAGUAGCUGCAUGUACAUCCAUUCCUCAGGAUAUUUCUGGAUAUAAGGCAUAGGCUGGUAAGAGAAAAAGAGCUGUUCAGUAGUGCCAGCUUUGCUCCUGAACUUGCACCUGGGAAAUGAACUGAGGAACUGUUCCAGGGGCUGGCCCUGGCAGCACCCAAUCUUCCAUGACAUCUGCAGGACAACUGAUGAGCAAUCAGAAUGUUCUUCCUGUUCAGGGGGCAGGUUUCCAUCUGCUGUUAUCUUCAAGGUGCAAACUCAGGGCUGGAUCUGCAGCUCACCUACAGUUCAGUCCCUUUUUAAGCCUGGCAGGCCCAGCAAUGCUGAUCCUGGAGCAGCAGGCUGCUCUGCUCCUUCAGAUAGGAAAUUAUAUGCAUCAAGGUGCAUUAUAAUGAACUUCUCCUGAAUAUUCCUUUCCUAAGCUUAACUGCUGUCAGCCUGACGAGCACUGUCCACUUCAAGGACUGAUAAUAAGCAUCUUGCUGACUCUCAUUUGAUCUGCUUCUUUGUGGACUGUGCUUGGCAGCUUAAUCCAUGUGUAUUUCUUUCCAGCAGAACUGCUUUAACUGUGAAUUUCUGUAUUUUUCUGUUAUCACUCUUUUUAACUCUUAAAAUCCUAAGCUUUCCACUCUCCUGCUGUUUUUUUUUAAAUGACCCAAACUUUCUUGCAUCUUUUUUCCUCUAGAUUUCUCUAAUACCCUGCUGUUUGUAAUGCAGUAAAGCAUUGCAGUAUUUAUGUCUGAGAUGCCCCUUGCCUUUGCUGCCUCCCUUUUCAGUAGGAGAGAACCAUUUUCUGAUAUGUGAAACACACUAAGACUCCUAAAUCUGGGUUCUGCAGGCACCUGGAAUCAGAGAUAAGACCCUAAGGCACAUGAUUGCCUGGGAACCCCUCUCAUUCAUGUGGAACUUGAGCAAAACAGCCCCAAGUACUGAAGGGUCACAGAGUAGGCUCUGAAGUGCCUGAUGUGUUCACGUUUGAGAGCAGCCAAUCCCAUCAGCAGAUUUUAGCCUAAUAUUAGGCUAUCAUCUGAUGAGUAAUCUAGGUAACAUCUGCUUCAUCAGUGUUGCAUCAAGCAUGGUUUUGCUAAAGCAGAAGUAGAAACUCAUUUCUUCUGCAUAAUACUUUUAGGUUUCCUUUUAAAAGGAGCUUGGUCUGAACUGCCUUUUCUGUGAGGUUGGAGGUCUGUGUUACAGCUACUGAGCUUUGCAUUUCUGCAUGUACCCAAGAGCCAAACACAUACAUCUGGUUGUGUAUGCUCUGUGCAGCUGCCAGUAGCAUUACCAGUUCUGGAGUACCUUUUCAGUGGAGCAAAAAUGGUAUUUUAAAGUUUGAAUUUCUGGUUCAUGGAAAAGAAAUCUGAAAAGUUCCUUUCAAUUAGUACAUCUAUAAAUAGGAGACCAGGGAAAGUCUGUGCCUAUACACUACCCACCUUAACGCCAGUUUUAGCUAACCAGAUGAUCGUGUGUAUUUUGGGAGAUGGUGUCUGGCACUUAAAGGAUUAAAAGCCAGAGAUUUACAAUGAAGAACUGAAGUGUUUAAUGUGUUCUUUAUACUGGAAAUGAAUGGCAUCACCAUUGACUUUGCAAAAACACCCAUGAGCUUUAGGGGUCUGCUUCAGUCCUACUUUGCCAGCCACAAGAGAUUCCAGGCAGGCUCAGGCUCUACCUAGAGAAGGGUUUAGAGUAACCAGACUGGUUUGGAGGGCUUGGCUAGCUCCAAGCAUGGUUUGUGGUGCUUCCUGCCAUCGUGUUCUCUCUCUGCCAGUGCUUGCUGUCUUCCUUAAGCACACAUUCAGGAGCUGGAACAGGGUGACCUUAUUCCUGGGCGUUUCGCCAGUUGGAUGGAGGGAGGCCAGCCUAUGCUCCUGAAGGGAAUGUGUAACACAAGGCCUCGGUUGCCCAAGCAAUUUCUGUUGGACACAGUGCACAAUCCAACCCUCACAAAGGCAAUUUAGUGCCUGGGUAGGUGGUUCCUAAUCUGUCUAAUUUGCUGUCGUGUAGCCAGUGUGAGCUAAUUAGAUGAUUCAGCAAUUGUCAUGGCUCCCCACUUAAUGUGCUGUAAAUGCUGCUGCCAUGACUUUCAGUGCUGUUAAAUACCUUUGCUUCUGUCAAGUCUGUCCUCCUGCCCUGCCUUUUCUGACCAUCUUCUAGAAUCCUAGUAAAUAACUGAUUCUCUCAAAUGAUGAAAUUGUUACAUGUAAGUGUCUAGAUUCUUAAAAACUUUUAAUCAGACUGUGAAGCACUUCAGAGAAACCAGUUUUCCUACAAAUAUUUCAACUUAUUCAUGUGCCAGAAGACUACUUCUACUCAUUAACAAAGAUCUGAAAACUGCUCCAGUAUCUCAUCUCUGGAGACAAGGAUUCUUUCUUUGAGAACACUUGCCUUCUGGUAGGAAAAAGGAUUUAAAGUGUGUCUUAAUAAAAGACUGUGCCCUCAAGCCCCUGAAAGAACUUAACUGGGGAAAAGUGCACAAAUCUAAAUUUGAGGCUUUGUGCUUUCAUUGAGCUAUUGAGAACAAUUUCCCUGACGAGAAGUUCCUCAGAUUAUUAGGAUGUAGAAAAUGCAGGAGGGGCAUGAAAAUUUUUCAAGUAGUCUAGGAAAAAAAUCUUAUGUUUGUUGGCUGUUCAGCUGUGCAACAUCAUUCUCUUGUCACUUCUUUAUCUCCAAGACAGCAAUAAAUGUGAGCAGCUUUAAUGUACCAUCUCUGACCCAGUCCUGGCAAUGUCCCUUGGAGAGUGAGAGUGGCACUCCCUGUUUUUUCUGCUACCAACUCCCUGAUGUAAAGUCCCUUGCUUCAUUUAUAAUUCUGCAUCUGUACUUCUGAGCCAGUCUGGAGGGGGGAUAGCUAACGUCUCUCCUAAUCCUAUAAACGACAAGACAGUAUUUCAGUCUUUACUCAGACAAAAUUACAAGUUUCCUUCUGCCUCUUGUACUUGGUAUACCAAGAUAUGCUCACUCAGUAUCAGAACUUCUUGCCUUUAGCUAAAUUCUAAGACAGUUGCCUCUUACUUAAUGAAGGGAAAACUAUGUCCCAGAGUUCCAAGUCACAAAGCAGCUUACAAAAACAGCUCCUGUUUCCGGUGGCUCUGGGAAACAGCGCGGGAGCUCUGCUGCUGUGGAUUCCUUUGGAUGCAUGAUGAGAUGUGUAAACAUGAAAUUCAGAUUGUUGUUCUCAGUCGUGAAGCUGACUAAGACCUUGCCUCUCUGGCAUCAAAAGAAUGAAAAUGAGCUCUGUGCUGGGCACACUGAGGAGCUCUGUUAGGAACGGCUGUUCUGUCUCAAAAACCAGUAACUCAGCUCGAAUGUUCAGCACACAGACCCUCUUGGGCUUCCUGCUGAAUAAUCCAGUGAAAAAUGAGAUCUUUUAUUGACUUGUUUAAAGCAGAGCAAAGAGACAGGGUAGCUGAAUCUGCUGUCUUAGUACAGGAGACAGCUUGUCUAACAGCUUGUUGGUUUCAUUCCACUGGCAGUGGAAAUUCUGCUAAAGUAAUUUUAGAGCACUUCACCAGAGAAACCCAGCACUGAAGUCCUGUGCCUAUGGACCACAGCAGCAGUUUCACCUGCACUUUCUUUUGAACAUAAACCAUGUAAGCUAGUGGUUAAGUAUUUGGUAUUAAGAGAACUGUCACCACUAAACUGUUUUAUUGCUUAACCCCAGAGCGAUGCCUUCUUAGCUUUAUUUGUGUCAUCUGAAUCCACACCUAUUUAUGUCCAGGUAUCGUGGUGCUUGCCUCUUCUGCUCAUAGAUACGGGAUUCACUUGUUGGUUUGAUAUGUGAGAUAAUACAAAAGCACAAGUAGGAAACAUCUGUUCCUCUGUCUACUCCUCUCUCUGGGGUUUCCUAGGAGGAAGGGGGCUCUUCCUCCCACACGGGUCUGAUGCUGUGUAGGCAAGGCAGUGCUUUACUGUGAGUGCCGUGAGUUAGGUAAGAGAAAAGUUCAUCAGACAGGAAGGUUUAAAUUCAGUAAAGUGGGUUUUUUUCUCCAGUUCCUGAGACUGCAUGAAACAUUCAGACCACAUUGUUUACCUUGAUGUUUUUGAGGAGCUGAAUGUCCAAAAGCGGUGUGUGGAGAUGUGCAGUUCUAAAGCAUAUCUCUUAUUUUGGAUGUUGUUUUAUCUUGUAUUUGGUGCCUUAACUCUGUACAAUUUAAGGUCAUAGAUACUGUACCACAGGUAGUUUAGUAGUUGUGUACUUGAAAAGAACCCAUCAAGCCUAGUCUACAGAAACUCUUGUACAGACUGAAGCCUUCUCAGGGGGAGUACUCUUCCAUGUUUAAUUAAUAAUCCACCAAGAAGUGAGAGUUACAAGAAUGUAAAGAACAUUUAAAAAUUUUAACUGUAGAGACUGAAUUUAUCUGAUUUCUAACUUCAAGAUUUGGGACAGUAAGAUAAUUAAAGCUGCAGUCUCUUCUAUGCUGUGUAAGUAAACAACUUCAAAAUGUUUUCUCACCAGCCAGAACUGCACGUUUGUGAAAACCUCUGGACUGUUAUCUCUAGUAGAAUAAAUAACACUUAAUUUUAAAAGGCAUUAAUUGAAUGUAACUGGCUAUCCUUCAUUGGUUGGCACAAGAGGAUUGGAAUGAGUAAAAGCUGCAGGUAAUUUUUAAUUGAUUAAACUUAAGCCUCAUCCAUACCUCUAACCAGGAUCUAGAAGCUCCAGCUGCCUUAUGCUGCUCUGCAGUUCAUGAGGUGUAGUGCAGCAUCAGCUUGAACACAGGAUUUCUCAAUGCAGCUGGUUCUGGCAAGAGAGAGAAAAGAUAACAAGGGAAGAAAAUGUCCUUCUCCAGUUUUAGAGGUUAGAGCAUCAUAGAUAGAAGUUGGAGGGAAAGUUGCACUGCCUUUCCAAGUCCUUUAAGACAGUCUGUGGUAAACCAGGAGGUUUAUGUGUGCUGGGGAAAGCCAGCGACCUCGUGUACUGUGAGCAGGGGGAGCUGGGAUUGCUUUUUCAAUAGUUAGUGAGAAAUUAGGUGAGAGGUUUGAGCUAUCCAUACAGCAGGCUAAAAGCUGCUAAUGAUGUUGCUAAAGGAGAUGAAUUUAUUUUUUCUGUUCAGUAAACAAGUCCAGGAUUGCUGCUUUUCCAGAGGAGGAAUGCGAGAAAUCCAGUGGACAACUUUUGUUUCCUGAUGCAGUCCUACCCAAAAUAGGGAGAUAGUUCCAGGCAGUGUACAGAGCAUGCAAUUGAAUUUUGGGAGGAAAAGGAAUAAUAGUCAUUUCCUCAGAAGGAAUAGUAGUUAGUUAUUUCUGCAAUGCCCACAGUAUUCUAGACAAGCUGCCCUUACACAGAGGAGCAUGGCAGCAAGGGAAGGCAGCUGCUGCUCCCACAGUGACCUGUGUAUGCACAUUUUAGGUCACCAAUAUCGGUGUAACUCCUCAUGACAAAGGAGGUUCAUCCUACCAGCAAAACGUAUUUUGACAUUCUAUCCACUUCUAUUUUUUUAAGCUAAAGGGGAGUUAAUCAUAGCACUCAUCUGUUUCGAUGGGAGUAGAGCAGAAGGUAAGUUUUAACUUCAUACUUUGAAGCUGCUAUGAAUAGAUUAACAGUGUUCCAUGGAAACAACCUGAUGUACUUCUUUAUUUUCUUGGAGUUUCAUUUCUGUGUUCUUGCAAAAGCACAAGCUUGCGGAAGCGUAAUCAAUACAAAGUUACUCAGGGUACUGCAUCAUCGCAGCAGUGGACACUAACUGCAUCUUAAGUCAACAGGCACACAUAAAUCAAGCUUAAUUAAGAGGAACAGGACAUCUUGGCAAGUUUUGCUUUAUUACUGGCACUGCUACAAUUUAAUGAUCUAUGCAUACUGAAAUGUGUGUAUUGCUGCACUCUCAACAGAACGUGAGUCUUGUAAGGGUGUCCUGUAAAGUAACAACGUCAGGGCAAGAGAGACAGUAUUUAUUCUUCUGUCAUUAUUUUCACAAAGAACUGUUUCUAAGCAGAUGGAAAGUCAUUCUGCUCAAAGGAGAAUAACGGUGGGCUAGAGUACAGCAUUCAGAGCAGUACAGCUUUUGAAAAGUUAGUGAUCCUAUGAAUUUAAUUACAAAAAUUCUGAUUUGCAGUACAGAUUCUUUCCUGUGUUUUUAAACUCAUGUCACUGUUUCCCUGCUCAAAAUAACAGGAUAAAGACAAGUAUAGAUUUCUGAUAACAUCUAUUGUGUGGAAAUCCACAUACACUGGAAGAAAAGGGAGGCUGUACUGCAGAGAGCAUAUUCAACUACAGAGCCAUUCUCUGGGCAAUGCUGCAUAAUUUAGGAGUGGGUAACCAUGCCUUCAGGGUUAACAUGAAACAGAGCAGAUGGUUGAAAAAAAAAUCACAGAAAAAAGCCUCCAAGCUUUGUCCAGUCACACAUUUACCCCUCCCUGCAAAAGGGGACAGGUACAUUCACACACGCAUAAUGAGUUAUCUGUCAGGCAGCACAGAGGUCCUUAAGGACAAACGUGUUGGAGCCAGUCUCCUUUCGGACAGAAAAAGGAGGAAGUUGAUUCUGUCUUCCAGUUCCAAGGUGCAGUGUCUUAUUUCUCAUCCUAACCCCAAGUCAAUAUUUAUUGAUCAAACUGACUAAGCUUUUCAGGCCGACCAGCUCUCUCCGAAGCAAUUCUCUCUUGAGCCUCUGCAGGGGCCAGUAACUGGUGCUUAACUACUGCUUCCACUCCGGAAUGUCACCGUCCUCCAGCUGCCCCAGAGCCAGGCUGGGAACGUGCACUCCUCAGAGAGCAACGCUGGGGGCGGGGGCUCCAAAGCACUGAAGUACAACAGCAGAGCAAGUCCCAGUGGGCUGUAUGCUUUUAAAGCCCUGGCCAGCUCUUAGUGACAAAGUUGAGCAUGAAACCUGUACUGCCAAAUGUUUCAGCCCCUUGCUGAGAAGGGCAUCCAUGGGAAGCAGUCUCAGAAGUGGAGAUUUUGAGGAAAGGCUGGUGCUUUCCAAGGCCGACUCACAGGCUUUUUUUUAAUGGCUGAAUUUCCACCCACCAAAAAUCACCAUCAACCAAAUCAAUCAAAAUUGCUGCUAAUUUGGGCUAAAAUAUCCCUUGUGUAACCCAAACCACCACCAUCCAUGCAUCUAAAGAAUUCCUAAGCAAAGACUCCUCAGGAGGCAGAGCCCUUCUGACAGGAAAUCUGGCAGUGCAGUCUGAUGUGACUUUUCUGAUGAUAAUUACUUCUCCAAGACAAGGCAAAGACAGAGGCAGUGCUUUGGGGCAGUGUUUCAUGCUCAGCAAGUUUCUAGAGGGAAGGAAUGCAAUUCUAUAAAUCACUUGUACUGUAUUUGUUUCUAGACUUGAAUGAAUUUCACUUUUCCUUUGUGAGUCAGCGUAUUAAACGUUAAAGAAAAGGUCUAUUUUUCUAAAUCUCUUUCACCAAUUGAGGUCUGACCUGCAGCCAAGAGAUGGAUUAUUUAUCCACAGAGGAUGGAGUGUUUAUUUUUGAACUAAGAUUGGAUAUGGCAUUGAAUAAAAAGAAGUAUGACCUAUAAACUAUCUAAACCUUAAAUACUACGAACGAAUUCCACAAAUGAGUAAUAUGGUGGACGAUUCCAUCUUUCUUCCCAAUAAAUCUCUCUCAAAGAAGUUACCCAGAUUUAAACUCCCAAAUGAAGUACAAGAGAUCCUUGUGGUCUAAUUACAGACUACUUUCAAAAUACUUCCGUUUUCUCCCAAUUUGUAAUCACUAGAGAACAAUGAUGACUGAACUAUUCCCAACUAUAAAUAAAGCAAUUUCAAAUAAAGUAAUUUGGCAACAACCAUGGCUGUUUAUAGCACUAAAAAUGUAAUUUGAACAUUCAAGUUUUCUUAAUUUGGUAGCAGUUGAGUGGGAAGAAAAAUAACUGCACAGUGAAUUUGAAACUGAGCUGUAUCUACUCACUAGCCAACAAAAGCGUACAGAUGUAAAGGGAACGCUCUGUGUACCUUCAGCUGCUUCCUCCCGUGCUGCUGUACCCGUCCACUUGGCUUCAUUUGGCUUCUGUGCUGUGGUUUGUACGCCAGCCACUGUUACUGAUGUACACAACACGAUCUGCACUGUAAUCUCGGGUCAUUUCCACUGGUUGUAACACAACACUACAGACUCCUCUGUAUAUAAAACUGGAACCAUGUCCCAUUUGCUUCCAAUAGCUCCAAUAAAGACUUAUCUCUGUCAACAGGAA